ACCACGGCUACCAGCGGUAUGAAUUACGACGUCGAACAAGAAAUUGUCGCAUUCUUCGGAAAGACUACGACGACUCGCUCAGCCUGCGACAACUAUGCGAGUGAGCAUCUUGGCAAUGUCAUUCCAGUCGACGUGCAAGGCGUGUGUAGCUACACCGUCUAUGCUGGUCCUAACGCCGAAUUCGUCGUGCAGUAUCGUCUGAAGUCGCUAGCGCUGAACAUAGACAUUAUGAAUCUCGCCAAAGCUAUUUACGGCAACUUGACACCCCGGAUCUCCUUUGAAGGACAAAUUGGGGAAGAUCAUGAGAGCAAAGAGCCUCUUUACAUCUAUGUGAUGAACCGAUUGCCAGGAAUCUCUCACCUGGAUUUCAUCCUAGCCCAUAACGAUGAUAUAUCUGAAAACUCGCUCGAGUUCUCUCGCUGGCGCCAAAAUCUUGUGACCGAUAACGCGAAAUUCUUUGCCAUAUCUUGGAAAGGCCCUCAGAAUGUUGAUCAGGCGUACUGCGAGAGCCUAAAUCAUCAGUACGAACGAGAUCUAAAUUUAUUACUUGGUUCUCUCCCAAUUCGAUUCCAUCCACUAAUCAAGAAAUCGAUUGAUUCUUUACCGGCUAUUUUUUCACUUCCCAUGGUGCUACUACACAAUGAUUUUGGCACCUUCAACAUAUUAGUGGAUCAGAAGACUUGCAAUCUGCUCGGUGUGAUUGAUUGGGCCGAAGCUGAGAUUGCCCCAUUCGGCAUCAAUCUUUAUGCUCAUGAUCGUUUGAUAAGUAAGAUCCACUUCAAACAUGGCUGGUCUAGGUAUGAUGAUUAUCUUCUUUUAGAUGAGAUAUUCUGGCGUACAUUCAGUCAAGAAACCGGAGUGAACGAUGAAACGAUCAAAAUUAUCAAAGCCGCAAGGAUUACUGGAGUACUGUUAUGGCUUGGCUUCACAAGUCGUCUUCCAAAUGAGCCGAAGCCAGUACCGAUUUCUAAUGAUGAAAAUGGAGCAUAUAGAAUGCGUGAUUUAGACGGGCUUUUGAUUGGCAAAGCUACGAGGUUCACGGACUUGUAUGAUUAG